CAUUGCAUUUGCAAUUUAUAACGAUUUAAAAAAUAUCACGGAUUCAAUUACGAACAGAGUUGCAUGUGACAAUUCGCGAUAGUUACAUUGAUGCAUAAAAAUAUCGAUAGUGCUAGCGUCAGUCUACUUAACAGAAGUUUCACGUCGGCCGCGUUUUCUAAAGGCGAUUUAAUUUUUGUCGGACUUGUGCAUCACAUAAAUAAAUUGUAAUAACCACCCCAUAGCGAACGAUUGCGCGCAAAAAUAUUUCGAGCUAAAAGCAUAAGCAUAAUAAGCAAGUGAACGUUAAAAUGUCGUCUAAAUCUCGACGCGCUGGCACCGCGACGCCGCAGCCCGGCAGCACCUCGACCCCUCGGCCUCCUUCAUCUGGGCCACAGCAACAGACAUCGACGUCGUCGUCGCAGUCGCAGCAGCAGGCAAGCAGCCCCACGCGCCAUUCGCGCCUCGUGGAGAAGGUCGAGCUGCAGAAUCUGAACGAUCGUCUGGCCUGCUAUAUUGACCGUGUUCGUAACUUGGAGACGGAGAACUCACGUCUCACCAUUGAGGUGCAGACCACACGUGACACCGUGACCAGAGAGACGACCAACAUUAAGAAUAUUUAUGAGACGGAACUGCUUGAGGCACGUCGCAUGCUCGAUGAGCUGGCACGUGAACGUGCGCGUUUAGAGAUUGAUACCAAGAGGCUGUGGGAGGAAAACGAUGAGUUGACCACUCGUCUAGACAAGAAGACGAAGGAAUGUAGCGCUGCUGAGGCCAAUGCCCGCAUGAAUGAGUCGCGUGCCAAUGAGCUGAGCAAUAAAUAUACGCAGGCCAGUGCUGAUCGCAAGAAGGCCGUUGAUGAUUUAAAUGAAGCGCUUAAGGAACUGGAGCGUCAACGCAAGCAGCUUGAGGACUCACGCAAGAAUCUCGAACAAGAGACUCUGGCGCGUGUGGAUCUGGAGAAUAAUAUACAGAGCUUGCGUGAAGAGCUGUCGCUUAAGGAUCAAGUCCACAUUCAGGAGAUAAAUGAGUCACGACGCAUACGUCAAACCGAAUACAGUGAAAUCGAUGGCCGUCUUUCGUCCGAAUAUGAGGCAAAAUUGCAGCAAUCGUUGCAGGAGCUGCGCGCCCAGUAUGAGGAUCAAAUGCGCAGCAACCGCGAUGAUAUCGAAUCCUUGUACGAGGCCGAGAUACGUUCACUAAAGGAAGCGGCGUCCCGCACGCACAACUCGUCGCACAAGUCCAUUGAGGAGUUGCGCAAUUCACGCAUACGUAUCGAUGGUCUCAAUGCAAAACUCAAUGAUCUGGAGUCAACCAAUGCCAUGUUGAACUCGCGCAUACGUGAGCUGGAACAGCAGCUGGACCAUGAACGUGAACGCCAUGCAAAUGAUAUUGCAAUGUUUGAUAAGGAACUAAAUCGUUUGCGCGAGGAGAUGGCACACCAACUACAAGAAUAUCAGGAUUUAAUGGACAUCAAGGUCUCUUUGGACUUGGAAAUCGCCGCAUACGACAAGCUGCUCGUGGGUGAAGAAGCUCGUUUGAACAUAACGCCCGCCAAUUCGGCUACGGUGCAAUCGUUCAGUCAAUCGUUGCGUAGCUCACGUGCGACGCCCUCACGUCGUACCCCAUCGGUUGCACUGAAGCGCAAACGUGCCGUUGUUGAUGAAUCAGAGGAUCGCAGUGUAUCCGACUUUUAUGUAUCGGCCAGUGCCAAGGGCAAUGUGGAAAUCAAAGAGAUCGAUGCCGAUGGUAAAUACGUUAAGCUGUACAACAAAGGCAACGAAGAGAUCUCCAUUGGUGGUUGGCAGCUACAGCGUUCAAUUAACGAUUCUGGACCAGCGACCACCUACAAGUUCCAUCGUUCAGUGAAAAUCGAGCCAAAUGCCACGGUGACCGUUUGGUCAUCCGAUUCGAGGGCCACGCAUGAGCCGCCAUCAAACAUCGUGAUGAAGCAACAAAAGUGGAUCACAGGCGACAAUACAAAGACGACUCUGUUGAAUGGCGAUGGCGAUACGGUUGCCAAUAUGGAACGAAACAAGCGUAUUGUCUCCACACACGCCUCAUCAUCGCGUCUCAGUCGUCGUCGGAGCGUCAGCGCGGUUGAUGGCAACGAGCAGCUGUACCAUCAGCAGGGCGAUCCCCUGCAGGCGGGCGAGAAGUGCGCGAUUAUGUAAUAGCCAGCCAAGCAUAAAGAUAAUAAUAUAUACACAGCCAGACAAACACACACAAACAAACAAACCAACAAAAACCAGACAGAAUUAUAUAUUAUCAGCUAAGUUAUUAAUUUUUUGUGGCUACCCUAAGUAGUGAGAGUGAAAAGAAAAGAAACUAAAGCCAAGCAGCAGUUACUACUAAUUUAUUCAAUUGUAAAACUUGCAAGCAAAAGCAGUUCCAUAACAAUUUUAAUGUCUACGAUUCUUCCACAUGUUCAAUAUAUAUAGUUUCUGUGCUUUAAUCCCAAUAUAUUCAUUUUUCCCUCAAUAAUUGCUAAUCCAUCCUAUGUGUGUUUAUCAAAAUGACAAAUAUUUAAUUUACGUUACGUGUUUCAACUUCAAAUUCAACAAAACCAACCAACUGCACCCACCCCCUUCCCACCUUCGUACAAUCUAAUUUAAUAACAAUAAGCAUAAUUUUUGUAAACUUUAUUUGGUAUAUUUUAAAUUUGAUUUUUCUGUAUGCCAUAUAGAAUUUACAAAAAAAAAUAUUCAACUUUUAUAAUUUUUGUAUUUGGGCAUUCAAGUGCUUUGCAAAUGCUGAGUUGACAGCAUUUCCGAUGCAUUUGUAUGAGCCACAACUCCAGCAUAUAAAUAUAAAUAAUAAUAAAUAGAUAUAGUUUUGUAAGCGGAAUUAAAGAAACGACAAGCUCAUGUUAAAACUAAUUCAUCGAAAAUAUCAAUAAAAAUCAGUAAAAUUACAAGUUGUAACUAAAAAUGUGAGCUGCCCCCUCCCCCCUUCCUUUUUAACAUACACGUACAUGUGUGUAUCUUAUGCUAAGCAAUUUUUUUGUAUUGAUAAAUAUAAUUCUAUAGAACAGAAGAAAAAGAAAACGCAAAAAUAGUUUAGCUGUGUGAGAAAAGAGCCUGGCAAUAUAUUUUUAAAACGAGUCGAAAUUUCAUUGGUGCGCCUUUCCCUCCAUAGGUGCUCAAUAGAAUGUUUUCUUUUUUGUUGUAGACUUUCGGCUGAACCGGUUUUUCCUGUAAUAAAAUA